UCCAGGAGGAGCUACUGGGGAGCGGAAGAAAGGAAGCGCCCAUUAUCUCCAGAAGUUUGGGAGCCCCCAAAUUCCCAAUCUUAACCUAUGAGGAUGUCGCAGGAGAGAUUAAAAGGAUUGCGUCCGGGAGGGCCAGUUCUUUGUCACGAGGUGAAAUCCUCGCUUGACACGAGGUUGUCACUGGGCAAGAGUACGAGAUCGUCAUCACAAACUUCGCAGGUCUUAGUUUCUAUCGUUUUCAACUUUUUUUUCUUUCUUUUUUUUCUCAGGAUUAUAUCGAUACCGGGGGACGUGGUGAAAGUAUCGAGUUUCUUCCAUGGAGUUCCUCGGCAAACUCAGAGAAGAGAUCAGGAGAGAGCUCUGGGAGAAAUGCUGCUCGAGCAUAGACAGGUCUUUCAAUCCGGGAUACACUGGAAAGAGGCUGGAUGGAGUGAUCGACUCGCUGGAGCUGGUGAUUGUCAAGGAAGGGACGUUUGCGAGGCUGAUGGAGGAAGCGGAAUGGAACAUCGCCAGCGCAGUAUAAAACUCCAAGGUGUGUGACCUCUCCAAGAAUGCUGGAAGUUCUAGCGUCCAGAGCUACAAGAGUGGGGAGAUUGUGUUCGAGAGCUGGGAGCCAAGCUUUCCACAAGGCAGUGCAUCGACAUGACCAUGAGAUUCCUAGAAUAUACCUGGAAAAGCAUCCACAGAAGUCCAUUGCCCCUUGAACUUCUUGAUGUUAACAAUGGCAGAGCUGGCGCACCAGUUCUUUGACGUAGCGCUUUAAAUUGUUCUCUUCUUAUCAUAAAGUUUCAAAUGGCGAGCAUUGCCGAGUUUGAGCGAGCUUGUGAGAAUGGAGCUUCGAUCCAAGAGGAGUUGCUGGGCGGCAUUCUCCGCAAGAAUGCAAGCACCCAUUAUCUCCAGAAGUUUGGGAGCCCCCAAAGUCUGGCUGCUUAUAAGUCCCAGGUUCCAAUCGUAUCCUACGAGGAUGUUGCCGGAGUGAUUGAAAAGAUUGCUUGCGGGGAAGAGGGCCCAAUUCUUUGUCACGACCCAGUUCUUUGCUUCUUCGCGAGCUCCGGGACAUCGUCUGGGAAGGGUAAGAUUAUUCCAGUCACUGCUGAGAAUAUCUCCGCCUUAAGGAGGGCAGCGGAAAUUUCCAAUGCUUACAUAACAAGAUGUUUCCCAGAGCUUGGAAGUGGAAGAGUGCUCGGUUUAUACUACUGUGUUGAUCAAUUUCAUACCAAGGCGGGCAUCUGGGUGGGAGCUCUCACCACUUACUUGAUCAAGACCUACAGAGGACCGUUUAACAAGUUCACCACUCCGUACGAAAUGAUCAUCUCGGGAUCAAACUGGCGAGAGCUGACGUACUGCCACUUGCUGUGUGCUUUGAUCCAGCGAGACGCGGUGGAACAGAUCGAUGCGAGUUUUGCCUACAUCAUCUCCGAGGCUCUGAAGAUCCUCCAGAGUGAUUGGCAGGAUAUUUGCAAAGACAUAAGAACUGGCAGCUUGAGCAGCGGUAAAGUCACACACCCAAAGCUCCAGGAAGCUUUCGCGACUUUUUUGGUUAACAAAGAGAAUCUUGCCGGUACCGCCGACGUCAUCGCCAAGAUUUGCAGCAGAGAAUCGUGGUCUGGAAUUCUUUCCUUGCUCUUCCCGGGAGCAAAGCUGGUGUCCGCAGUGGUGACGGGGGCGAUGGCACACUUUGUUCCUGAGUUAAGAGAUUACGCAGGUGGCCAAGCUUCCAAUCUCCGGGAAAGAUUACUACUCGUCUGA